AUGAAUCGAUCAUAUUCAACUAAUCAUUAUACAAUUCUUCUUCCAAUGAAUUUAUCAGAGUUAAUUUAUUACAUGCAUACAACUACAUUGAAACAUGUAAUAACAAUAGCUCCAUACUUUCCAAAUGAAAUACGUUCUACAUUUCAUAUUCUUAGUGAUUUAAAAUUACGCUUAGAGAAUGCUAUCAAAUUAUCUAAUCCAUUAAUCAAUACUACUACUACUGCUAAUGAUAGUAAUAGUAAUAGUAAUCUAUAUGAUCAAAGUCAGUCAAGAUUUCAAUUGAAAGGAAUAUCAUCUAAUAGAUAUCCUGUAAAACAAUCUGAAAUUUCUUUACCAUCUAUCAAAUUAAAAACAGAUUUUAGUAAUUUUACAUACAAUUAA